GUUAAUUAUAUAUAUAUAUUGGAAUAUUCCCAUAACAAAAUUCACAAAUAUCCUCUUACAUCAAUACCAUGGAAAACCCUCCUACAUCAUGGCAAUUCAAUACUCUUCUAGUAAUCCUAGCUUUAACCAUUCUAAUAAAAGCCUACUUAGCUUCAAAAAAAUCUCUCAAAAACAACAUAAAAACCCAUCAAAAAACUACCAUAAAACACCUCCCACAACCAAAGGGUGCAUUACCCUUCAUAGGCCAUUUACACCAUCUAUGCACAAAAACCACCAUAGCCCGAACACUCGGCUCCAUGGCCGACACGUCCGGUCCAAUCUUCGCCCUCCGCCUCGGAAAUCAACAAGCGGUUGUCCUAAGCUCAUCGGAAACACUUAAGGAGUUGUUCACAAACAACGAUUCAUUAACCGCUACACGUCCAAAUUUAGCUCUAAGUAAACACCUUGCAUAUAAUUAUGCAUCAUUUGCUAUCUCCCCUUACGGAAAAUAUUGGCGUGACAUACGUAAAAUAUCAACCGUUGAAUUAUUAUCAAUCAGACGGCUAGAAAAAAUGAAACAUAUUCGUAAUUUCGAAAUAAAUUCUUGCCUUAAAAAUUUAUUUAAAACACUAUCUAAAUAUAAAAACAAUAAAAUUACAUUAUGUAAAUGGUUGAAAUAUACAAGUUUUAAUAUUGCAUUAAAUAUGAUUGUUGGGAAAACAUUUUCUCAUGAAUUAUAUGAUGAUAAAAUUACAUUUGCUUCGAAAUUCGAAAGAUUAAUAGAAAAAGCUACGUAUUUUUCGGGAGUAGCUGUGCCGUCGGAUUUUGUUCCGGGUAUUGAAUGGUUGGAUUUGAUGGGGUUGAUUAGAUCAAUGAAGGAGAUUCAUCAUGAUAUUGAUUUGAUUAUUGGUCAUUGGCUUGAUGAACAUAUGAAAAGAAGGAAAGGUAAUGAGAAAGGAGAGGUUGAAGAUGGUGAUUUUAUGGAUGUUAUGUUGUCAAAUAUUGGUGAUGGUUGUGAAAUGUAUGGGUAUGAAAGGGACACUAUUAUCAAAGCAACCGCAUUGACACUACUAUUAACCGGGUCAGAAAGCACAUCCAUCACACUAACAUGGGCCAUAUCGUUACUAUUGAACAACCCGAAGGCCCUAAAGACAGCCCAAGAAGAAUUGGAUCAAAAAAUUGGCAAACAAAGAUGGGUUGAAGAAUCAGACAUCACAAAUCUCUCUUAUCUCCAAGCCAUUGUCAAGGAAACAUUUCGUUUGUACCCACCAAGCCCGUUGGCGGGCCCACGAGAAGCAAUGGAAGAUUGCCACAUUGAUGGGUAUCUUAUCUCUAAAGGAACUCGUAUAAUUGUCAAUAUUUGGAAGGUGCAUCGUGAUCCACGGAUCUGGGUUAGGCCCAAUGAGUUUCGUCCCGAAAGGUUUAUAAAUGAAAAUGAAAAUAUUGAUUUUAGGCGUCAAAAUUUUGAAUAUUUACCUUUUUCAUUGGGAAGAAGGGCUUGUCCUGGAAUGAAUUUUGGACUACAAGUGGUUCAUUUGAUGUUGGCUCGUUUGAUCCAAGGUUUUGAUCUUUGUUCGGAAAAUAAUGAGCCAAUUGAUAUGUCGGAAAAGUUGGGGUUGGCCUUGCCUAAGGCCGACCCCUUGAAUGUUAUCCUUAAAGCACGUUUGUCCACUCAGUUGUAUGAAUCCUUGUAAAUAGAGACUACUAGUUCUAAGUUACUAGUAAGAUCUAUUGCUUAAAUGUAUGAUAAAGCUUUCAAUAUACAUUUAUCAUGCAAGAGAUAUGAUAGUAUGAUGUUAAAAUAAUCAUUGGAAUGCUAAAUAAUUUUUUGGUGGUCUUUUCUUGUCACAAUCUAAAUAAUUAGCUAAUUAUGGAAAUUAUGUCGUAUUGAAAUAUCUAUAUAUUAUCCAUGUCUUACCUUAUGCUAAGUCGUUGCAUAAAAAGUAUCGUGUUGUAUUGUAAUGUGUUGGUUUCGUCAUUUAAAAUUUUGGCACAUGUACCAUUAGUCCCAUACAUGUGCUAUCAUGUAAUGCUUGUGCCAUUCCACAUUUUGA